ACAGACUGCAGAUUUGAAACUGCACCGCACAAUAGUGUCACGCAUUCAGUCUGCGUCUGACUUGCCGUGGGUGCGUACGCGUUGCUCUGACAAAAUGGCCGACAGUGAAAUAUCAACGCCAGUUAACACAAUAACCCGCGAGAACUUGACCGUGUUGCUUGCAAAUAAUAUAUUGAACAAUUCCGUGGAGUUCUCUGAUAAUGACAUGAUGGAAACCGACUCACCUAUAAGAAAGCCAUGCGUUAAGAUCAUUGGCAAGAAGCUCUUCCAUUCACCUCUCUCCCAAAACUCUGACAGCAUGGAGUUCAACAGAACCAGCAUCGAACGUUCUAGAAGGAUGAGGAAGCGAAAAAUUCUGAUCCCCGACUAUGGAGAAGGUAUCAAAAAGGCGUAUGUGAAGGAGUGCGACAAGGACGGAUAUAGUCCAGAGGCGAGUGUGGGAAUGAGACGACGGGUAUUAAUCAGCCUGUUUCAUAAUAAAGAGUAUUGUAUGGAUGUGGGAUAUUGAUGAAGGAUAUGAAGGCGAGACUUGAAAAAGAAGCUAUUAUGAAUGAUAUCCAAUAAUGAAUGAGCAAAAUGUGGGAAUAUACAAAGUUUAGAUACGAUUUGUCAUUGCGGUUUUUAGGCGCUCUUAACAUAUAUUUUUUUAAAUUCUUUAGCAAUGAUAUAGAAGUUGUUUUAAUAAAAUCUUCCGCAGAUAGGUCAAAUUUAAAAUUAUUUUUUAUAAUAAUAAUAGGUUGUGCGUGAUGUGGGUAAGAAAAUAGUGAGAUUCAUUAAAUCAUCAUUUUUGAAGGAACAGGCGAAUAAUAAAAAAAGAUAUACGAGUUAAUUUCUACUGUUUUAGUAUUACGUUUUCUCAAAAUAUUGUUCUUUAUUGGUGUUUCAAUACAGUAUUUAAUUAAUUUAAAAUCAAAAUCAUUUUGUAUUGUAUUUGUUGAGCGGCCAUUGGUUAAGACAAGAAAACAAUUUAAACCAAAUUAUAGUAUCCAGUGAUACGUAGAUAUUUUUAUAUAGAUUAUAAGUAAAUAAGUAAAUUCUGUAUAAGGUAUAAUAAAAAUAAGAAUUAUAAUUAGACAAGCAAAAAUCCGUAUUUAAACGAUAUUAAAUACGGAUUACGGUGUUUGGAAAUGUGUCAGUAAGGGCGAUUUAUUGAUAGAUAAAAGUUAUCCAUGAAAGCAAUUAUAACCCAACUGGUGGUAGGUCUCUCAUAAUUGAGAGUCCAGCUGUGUGGGUACCAUCGCAAUGUCUAUUUCUGCCGUCAAGUAGCAGUGUUUAGUCGCUGUUGUGUUUUGAUUUGAAGGACAUUGUAGCCAGUGUAACCACUGGAAAUAAUAAGACUUAACACCUCAUGUCAGGAUGGCAAGCGCAGUGGAAUAUCAAACAAUACUUUGUAAUUCAAGGUGUUGGAUGGUAUUUCUAGUGUUUGUGAGCGGUCAUAUCGCUUACCUUCAAGUGAACGGCUAACUCGUCUCGCCAUUCCAAUCAAUAAAAUAAAAAACAACUGAAUAGAGAAGUCAAACCACUGAUCUAUUUCAUUCCCACAACUGUAUUUAUUUGUUUGUGUUGUAUUUUAUCCCAUGAAUACAUCUUACUUAUCAUUGAAUAUUAGCCCUUAUUUGUCUGACAUCAAAAAGGAAUGCAUAUUUUACUGCGAUUUUUUGUCUUCCGAAUAUAAUUAAGAAAUGAAAUUAUUUUUUUAAAUCUAUAGCUUUAAUAUUAUUCAUAAUGACUGAAUUAGCAAUAAUAGUUUUAAGUUUUGUUUUUAAUUAGUUGUGUAUAAUGUGCCAUUCGAAGCGAUAUUACUGUGUAGUUUACAACUCAAAUAUCAAGUUUUAGAAAUUGUAAAUUAAAUAUAUUUAAAAAAUAUUUACUAUGCCGCUGACCAUACUAUUUUAAUAGAAAUUACAUGAAAUAAAAUUAAACUUCAUUUUAUAGGUUUUAUUUAAUUUUUGAGAUAGAUUUGCGAAUUUAAGUUUAUUAAUCUAAAAUCGGUUAACAAAUUAAUCUAUGUUCGAUGCAUUAUAUAAUCUACCAAACUAUAAAAAAUGAAGGUAAAAGUUACUUUGCAUUUUAUAAUUUCAAUUGCAAUCAAAUAUGGGAUGACCACACUGUAUUAUAUGACUAUAUCGCUGGCUUACGAUUACAGGGUUCUAUGUUAAAUUUGUAUCACAAAUUGAAUUAUAUUUAUAUCACAUUAUACUAUGUAUUUUUCAGUAAAAAUAUCCAAUAAUCCCAAAUAUAAAUAAAAAUGGGACCAUGAAUUAUUUUGUCAAAUUUUUAUUUUCUACAUACCCAAGUAAAAAUUAACAUAGAAUUUUGUAAGAGAGAACCGGUGACAUAUAGGUACCCAGAUACCUACAUACUACGAUUCUAAGUGUUAUGGUUCUAUAUUCAUAUUAAGAGUUGAAUGGCCAGUACCAACUCAACAUAUGGUUAAUAUUAAUUGCAAUUAUUGAUAAUGUCUUCCAGGUAUACACUUUUAGUAUUAAGUAUAUUUUAAUUUAAAUAGAUAUAAGAAUGCAAAAAUAAAAUAUUUUUACUAUAAA